AUGUGCAAACAUUUUUUUCAAAUUAAAGUUCGACAGCACACUGUGAAAUUCACUCGGAAGGUCUGCCGAGUGCGGAUAAGACGGCUCGGCUCGCUGGACAAAUCGAAUCAUCGAAGAUUGAUCAGCGCCUCCGUAUUGAUUUCGAAACCUCUUCAAUUCUUUGCAAGAGCUGCCUUGCGUGAAGAAUUCUUUCGCUUUUCUCCAUCAACCCCCUUCGUCGCCAACAACGACUCCAGACUCGUUCGUCUUUCCGGCUCUUAG